GCGCGUUGUUUUCUACACUAUUUUUCUUAUUUACUUCACAUACAUGAUAGCUUCAAGAUAUAAGAUUCAAUGGUCGAGAUACUAUAUGCUGACAACUAGUUGUAAUUUUAUGCUAUGACUACUGAAACUAUACUCGUAUUCGAUACUCGCACUCGGUUGUUUCAGCCCCCACAACCCCAGAAAGAACCUUGAAGAUCCGAGGCCUCACAAGUUAUAACACGUACAGAUAGUAGACUGACCUAGCCUACCUCGGCACCACACCCCACUGUAUCCCUUGUAUAGCCUCCAGGUAGCAGCUGUUGAGCUUGCAGAUCCUCAAACGUUCUAACGUUUGAACAUUUAUAUCGGAUCUCACAUUUCAUCUUUUUCUUUUGACGAUUACCUACUCAAAAAUCUAGGGACUACACAUACCUAGUACCUACUUAACAGUCUCAAAUUCAAAAAGAUACCAACUAAACCAUGGGAGUUUCAAAGGAGAAAGAAGCCCAAGACGAGGCCCUACCAGCCUACGAGGAGCUCGCCGGGCCCUCCUCCUCCUCCUCCCACGCAGUCUCGCCAGCAGCGGGGCCCACCGUAGCAUCUCCCUUUAACUUCCCCUCAGACUCCAACCUCCCGUCCUACGAAACAACACAAGCCGAGCAGCAGCAGCAGCAGCAGCAGCAGCAGCUUCUACAACGGCGAGAAUCACAACCGCGCGUAAUCGCCAUCCCCCAAAUCACGCCGCACGAGACCUCCCCGCUGCUCAACGCCUACUCGCCCACGCUCCUGCAGUACGGCGUGCCGGAGGACAGCUGGCUCGCGUUCCUGCGCACGCUGUCGGGGUUCCUCGCGGCGACGGUGUCGCAGAAGGCGGUCAGCCACGCGGCGGACAUGGCGCAGCACGUCGGCGGCGUGCCGAAGCGGUUCGGCAAGGAGACGCUCGCGCACGCGAAGGACGUCGGACACGCCAUCCGCGGCAGCGCGCGCAGGGGCAACUUCCUCGCCGCCGCCGCGCACACGCUGACCGCGACCGUCACGCUGCCCGUCGGCACUGCGCUGCGCGCUGUCGGCGCCGCGGUCUCGCUGCCGUUCGCGGCGCUGGGCGCGGCGGCGCGAGACCCGAAGACGCCGCGCGAGCGCGCGGUCGCCUACGCCGCUGCGGCGAACGUGAAGUGGUUCCAUCGCCGGGGGCUCGAGGCGCAUCUGGUCGACACGACGGAGCUGUGCCAGGUGCUGGGGUUGUCGGUCGAUGUGCUGCUGAGCGCUGCGGAGGCGGCGAAGGGGCUGGGGGCCGCGGGACAGCUGGCGGCGCUGGGGGGACACAUCGCGGAGUUGGAGGUGAAGGCGCGGGGGCCUGCUGCUACGACUGCGCUGGAGCUGGGGGCGGCCACGUACUGGUUGGUGGUUUCGAGGAAGAGCGAGGUGGAGGAGGAGGGUUAUGGGAAACAGAAGUAUGCGAACUGAUGGAUGGAAUUGGGAGGAUGGGGUUGGCUGGCAGAUGAGAUGGACUUGCAUAUAUACAGUACUUACCUAGUGCCUGCGUGGUGCCUGGAUUGAUUGGUACGCGAUAUAUGCUCAAAAUCAGUUAUAUAGGGAGGGUGCAUGUAUUCGGGUUUAGGGAGCUCCUUAAUAGCUAUAGUGAUACCCAGGAGUCUCUGGGAGUUUCUUUCAAGUGUUUACUCUACAUAUAUACCUACUUGUUGUCUAUACCUGCUUAGGUACUUACAGAUACCCAAAAUAAUAUUCAACAGUCUUGUUUUCCACCUACGUACUUAGUUAAUAGACC